GAUUUCGACAUUGUUUUGCUUUGCAUUAAAAAAACAUGUCACCUAUUAAGCUAAUUUUCUUCAUUAAGCAUUUCACGGGUCUCCCUGGCGUUACAACGUCGAUUCCAUAGUCGCAUUGGUUCCGUGUGCCCUCGAAUUUAUUUAAAUAUUGCAAUCGGCAUGUACGUGAAUGGGCUGCCGUCUUAGGCUGUACAUAUGAAACCCAGCCCUACGGAAUGGUGCAGAAUACAAAUCUGAACUGCAAUGUCAGAGGGAGAGAGGGAGAGAGAGAGCGGAGGGGGCGAAAGGGAAUCGGUUUACCGGGUCACGCUUAUUUGGGGGGAAAGUGGUGGCGCAUCACUUGUGGUUUUCCAUUUAUAUAUUUAUUUAUGUUUUUUUAUUCCCCGCGAAACGUGUUGAUCAACAGAAACAACAUGCCAAGCGAUGUGACCUUUGAUAACUCGAGCGCAUGGGCACCGUAACCCCACUGACGGGCGGCUGAAGAUGCUGGCGAUGGCGAGAAUAGGAAGACAGGACGCGGCUUGCUGUCCCGCCUCACGGUGCUGAUGCGACCGGCCGUCGCCCGAUCUCCGUCGUUGGACCGCGGGGAAGGAGGAUCCGGUUAGCUCGACCCAGCUAUCAUAAAUGUCGUCCCCGUUAAUAGGAUACGCAGGAGUAAGAAAUCAGAAUUGGCAGCGGCGAUAAAUUCGUAUGUAAUUACACGCAUGCGAAUUGCACAUUUGAUCGGGCAGUCGAUCAAUUGAUUAGGCGGUGCAAUCUCGGCCGGCGAAGGCUGGGGUAAUACCGGCACAGAGCUAUGGCAAUGCUGCUCCUCGUUCUCUCCUUUGCCCUUGCUGAUUUUUUGAAUGGUCUCGAAACGCAGCGGAAAUAAUUAUCACAUUGCUAAAACAGAGCCGAAGACCAGAUUUUCCUCUCGGAUCACACAGCCGCCGGCAGACAUUCACUCAGCCCAGUCGGUUCGGUUAGACAGCGUGCGUCGUAGCUGCGUGUGCGAUCCAGGGAAGGAAGGGGGGCAAAGAAGGCCAGCCCAGCCGUAUGCCGCCGAGGAACAAAACCCGAGCUGACAGGUCUGGAGAAGCGAGGGUUAUGAUAUAGCCAAGUGGGUCUCCAUGAGCGCCUUUUCCCAGGGCGGAUCGUUGCCGUGAGUCCGACCCUAUCCGCUGUCUUUAACGCGGAGGGGGAAAGUGAGGAGAUCCUGCUAGUCUCGAAGUUUUGAUGCAUAUGAUCACAACCACGAUGAUCUUUAUGAUUCUCGGGGCUUCGGUUGUAAUGGCGAUAGCGUGUUUAAUGGACAUGAACGCGCUACUGGAUCGCUUUCACAACUAUAUCUUACCGCAUUUACGAGGGGAGGACCGCGUCUGUCAUUGCAACUGUGGAAGGCACCACGUGCACUAUGUGAUCCCGUACGAUGGUGACCAGUCUCUGGUGGACUCCUCGGAGAACUACUUUGUGAGCGACAGCGUGACCAAGCAGGAGAUGGACCUCAUGCUGGGGCUGCUGCUGGGCUUCUGCAUCAGCUGGCUGCUGCUGUGGCUGGACGGGGCCCUGCACUGCGCCGUGAGGGCUUGGCGGACCAGCCGCCAGUACGACACCCUGUCCUGGUCGUGGCUCCCCCGCUUUUGUAAUCUGCGAGAUCUGCGCAGACGUGCGCAGCUGCGGCAGCUUGAGGACUCCAGUGAGAACAUGGUGCACAUCAAGCAGAAGCUCUACCACAACGGCCACCCGAGCCCCCGUCAUCUCUGAGACUCUGGGCUCUGCGGCUGCCGCCCCGGCGGCCCCUCCCCCAACCCCUCCGCCCGCCUCGGCUUGUCCUGUCUGGGCUGUUGCCAUAGAGACCCUCUGCAACAACCAACCUGGAUGCGGUUCAACGGCUAUCAUCCUAACGACCCCCCAUUCAAAACUGUUUAGAUAAUUCUUGCUACUAAAAAAAAAAA